UUUUAGAAAGAGGCAGAGGUAGGAUCAAGGCGUGGGUUGCGCUAGGAAGAAGAGAGAGAAAGGAAGUAGCUCUCGCACUCUCACAGCAAGGCACAGCGAAUGCUAGCAAGUUUGGUAAGAUUUGUUUAUGGCGAUUUCAUCGAAGGAGGUAGUGCGCAUUAAAAGCCACCGUUUGGAAUUUUAAAGGCAACUUUAUCUACUCCCAGUAUAUAACUUCUCCCCAGUUUCCGCACCCAGACACAUCACGAGAAUUUACUGUACCGUCUUAUUCACUCACCGGCUCACGUCGUUUCGGCUGGCUAUUCUUCCCGCUGUCAGUAACCUCUUUUCAUCAGACCCUUCACCUGCAAUCAAAAUACUCCACUUUUGAACAUGGAGUGGCAACCAUGUACGGAUGAGUACGAGAAGCUCGUAAUUCGCAUGAGCACUCCCAGGGUUGUCAUAGAUAAUGCCGUCUGCUCCACCGCAACAAUAGUCAAGGUUGAUAGCGGCAGAAAACAUGGGAUUCUUUUGGAUGCCGUACAAGUGCUUUCUGAUCUAAACCUUUCAAUUAAGAAGGCUUACAUUUCCUCUGAUGGGAGAUGGUUCAUGGAUGUUUUUCAUGUUACUGAUCAAAACGGAAACAAGCUAACCGAUCAGAGCGUUUUGAAUUAUAUUGAACAGUCGCUUGGCGGAAUUCACAAUGGGAGUGCCAAUGUCUUAAACGGUCUCACUACCCUUGAAUUAACGGGCACAGACCGCGUUGGUCUUCUUUCGGAGGUGUUUGCUGUACUAGCUGAGCAGCAAUGUGAUGUGGUUAAUGCUAAGGUUUGGACUCACAAUGGUCGAAUUGCCUCUUUAAUCUAUGUGAAAGACAGCAGUUCUGGGACUCUUAUCGAGGACUCUCUGAGAAUUAAAACUAUUGAAGCACGUUUAAGAAAUGUUCUAAAGGGUGACAAUGAUAUUAGGAGUGCGAAAACUUCCUUCACCAACGCCGUUGUGCACACAGAAAGAAGGCUGCACCAGAUGAUGUACGCUGAUCGUGAUUACCAAAGGAAUCCCAUUUUCAAGUUUACUUCUGAUAUCCCAGUAGUCACCGUUCAAAAUUGGGCCGAAAGGGGUUAUUCGGUUGUCAAUGUGCAGUGCAAGGAUCGAAUUAAACUUUUGUUUGAUGUGGUCUGUAAUUUGACUGAUAUGGAAUAUGUUGUGUUCCAUGGAACUGCCAAGACAACAGUUGACCAAGCGUAUCUGGAGUUUUAUAUAAGACACAAGGAUGGCACUCCAAUUAGUUCAGAACCAGAACGUCAUCGUGUGAUUCAAUGCUUGCAAGCUGCUGUGGAGAGAAGGGCAUUUGAGGGUGUUAUGCUAGAGUUAUGUACGGAGGAUAGACAGGGGCUUCUAGCAGAAGUGAUGAGAACUUUUCGAGAGAAUGGACUUAAUGUGACAAGGGCGGAGAUAUCUACCAUUGGGGACAGGACAUCAAAUGUGUUUUAUGUAACAGAUGCGAUCGGAUACCCUGCGGAUCCAAAAUUGAUCGAAUCUGUUAGGCAGAAAGUUGGAUUGAGCCAUUUAAAAGUGAAGGAGUUAGCAUUGGUAUGCCACGAGAAGGCAGAAAGGGAAGAUGAAGCAGUUGGGGUUGGUGGGGCAGUGUUGCUGUGUCUGGGGAGCCUCGUGAGAAGGAAUCUAUACAAUUUGGGUUUGAUAAAAUCAUGCUCUUAAAAGCGGAAAGGGGCGGUGUGAGAGAGAGAAUUUAGGAGUGUGGAAGAUAUUUGCAACUUUUAGAGCAUAAUAUUCUUUGCUUGAGGUUUGAGGUUUGUGUACAUAAUAAGUAAAGGUGGAAUUUGGUAAUGGUAGUUGUUCGUUGGUUGGGUUGGAUUUGGUAGGUGAAAUCUGAUCAUAUACAGCUGGAAUGGUUUGCGUCCCUACCAUUUUAAAUGCUUUGCGUGAAGAGGGGAAGUAUUUUCAUUAGAGGUUGUCGGCCUUGCUAAAAUUUAAUUAAUAGCAGUAUUGGAUUCUUUGGUGGCAUAGGAAAUAUAGUUAGAUGCAGGACAAAUUUGGUUCAUACAACCACGAAAUUUGUACAUAACGGCAUACCAAUUAUUAUCAUUAUUUAAUAUAAGUGCUUCACUCCAUUCUUUAAUUUAA